AUGUUGCAGGAUUUCUUCCAUCCAUGGCUUCCUCCUCCACGCAUAACUCCAACACGAGAUCGAAGAAACCCAACUUCAACGACCAAAGAUAAUCCUGGAAAAGAGUUUAGGGUUUACCCUAAUUCAACGGAAUGGGUUAAUGAAGACGAUACAAUCAACAACAAGAAAAGACAUGAAGUGGGAGCACAAUCCUGUGAAGUGAGGGCACAAUCCUGUGAAGUGAGGACUGCCAUUAUGGACCAUGAUUUCAAUAUUUACAAAAAGAAGAUAGAUGAAGAAUUUGAUAAGAUGAGUAGGAAAAUUAGUAGUCUCACUUUUAAGAAUUUGAUAAGAAUUUGAUAAGAUAGAAGUUAUGUAAUUGUGUUGUUUAUGUUGUUUGUAGUAUCACUUUUAAGGGCAUAAAUGUCAAAUUGUAAAUGGAUGUUAUGGUUGAAUCUUAUGGUUGUUUUGCUUAAUAUGAUUGAAU